GUUGGCUAAGAACCUACAGCCUAUGCUGAGAACACAGGAGUUGAAGGUUGAAAUUUCUUUCAAAAACUGUCAACAGAGAGAGCAGCAUGAGUUCAGUUCCAUACAAAAAUGCCUUCGUUUGGACAACGCUGUAGUUAGCCCAUACAAUACAGUUAUGAGUGGUACAGUGCGACAGAUCACUGUAGCUACUGAUCCAAGCACCCCCUACAUCCUGCGAGUGGACUGGGCUGUAGACCUGGGUGCUGGGUUCACAUUAGCACUCACUGAUGGCAACUCGGCAUGGAUCGGAGAAGUUUCAGAGGAUGAGGUGACAAGGGAAGUCAACGAUAUGGGAGCCACAAGGGAAAGAUAUGUUGAGGAUCUUUUUCAAGCGCUAAUAGGAGGCGAAGGAGGAAGGAGAGGAGGUGACAAGGAGGCGUAUUCUUUUCACAUCACUCCAGAUCACUGUCACCUCUCGUAUCAGAAGAUCUGCAAUGAAAUCUCGGUGCACUUGGGUUCCGUGGAGCUCCAGCCAGCUCCAGACCCUCUAGAGCUGAACCGGGAGAUGAUUUGCCUGUCCCUAAAGCGCAGUACAGGUCUGAAGUCAAAAAACUGCCAGCUGUUGGAGGAGAACCGUAGAUUGAAACAGGAGCACCAGAGAAUACUCAGAGAGCUGGAGCAGCAAGUUGAGGAUAAGGAGAUGUUGGAGGGGGCGCUGUACUCACGUUUUGUCAUGGUGCUGAAUGAGAAGAAGGCCAAGAUCAGAUGCCUGCAGGAUGCUCUCCGCCAGCUCCAACAGACUGACGACCAGCAGAGAGAUGAGGACGGGAGACAAAGUGACAAUAACACAAUUCACUGUGAAGACGACAGUCAGGACACAAGACAUGAGGCAGUUGAGAGCAUCCAUUCAUCUCAGGAGCCAACUAUUCUCAUCACAGGUCGUAAUCUGGUGUGCCAUGGCAUCUCUGUGGACCGGACCUUUUCUGAUGAGGAAGAUGAACAACCGAGCCAGAAGCGUAGGUUGUGUCACACCCCGAGCCCGGAACCUUCCGAGCAGGAAUAAAACCACAGACCUAAGUCUGAGGCUUUCCUUAAUAACAGGUUUCCGUGAUCCCUCUCCAGGUAUGUAGCAAGCUAGUCAACCUCACCAUAAUACAAACAACCAAAACAGUGACAACCAGGCAGCAGUGUCCUGGAGGUGUCCCCAGAUGUGGUGCCAGAUUUUGUCCCAGAUUGAGAAAGCAAUUCCCAAAAAGCCUGAGCAUGUCACUGCCAUCUGGUUUGCUUUAACUGUGACAAUUACCUGCCACACCUCUCAUGAGAGACUUCAAUAAAUCAAAAGACGAAUAAUUAAUGACGCUUUUUUUUUCUCUCCAAACACUCCAAAGACUUCGUGCUCCAUUCGGAGCUGCUGUCAAGACUCUACCCAGAUGCGUUAGUGACCAUGUGAUAACAGGCGCUCAACGCCACCCAGUGCUUCCUCAGGAACUACUGGUGCUGGUAAUGAGAACAUGGCAGAAAAUCUGGACCAGGAGUAUGGAAGCAAUUUUUUAAGAGUUUGACUUUGGCUGCCAAGACCCUCAGCCUUGAGACCAGACAAAGAGUAACAGCUAUUGAGGGACAACAGGCUACACCCAGAAAACAGGGUGUCACCAACAACGAACCAAAGCUGCUGUGUUGCUGCUUAUUCAUCAUGUCUUGCUGAUGUUUUCCUCCUUCUUUUCAUUAUGAAAAUAAACUGUACACCAUGUCUUUCAUUUCCACUUUCUAAGCUAGCAUUUUGCGAACAAUAAUUUGACCUUCCCCUUGUUUCUCGUUUUCAUCUGGCCUUUUAUUCCUUAAAUGUUCUGUGGCCCAGACUAGAUGAGGGGUGUUAUGCAGAGGGUUAAUAGGGUUAUGUUGUCUCUCUGUCUUCACCUCCUUACCUCUUCCAUUACCUCUGCUACCAGCUUCAGGUCCUGAGGUCAUCACAGUGUGUCUUCACACUGACCGUAAUGAACUUAUGGAGACCAAUUCAGAGUCUUCAUCUGACCAUUCUACCUUUUGACUUCGGGGUCUUCCUGCUGUCUUUUAUGAUUUUGAUGAUACUUAAAUGUCUGCUGAAGACCACAGGUGGCCGUCUGGAUAAUCCCACAACACGCGCUUGCUGGUUUAGUAAUCCCCACAGGAAUGUCACACUCUUCUCCUCUUUACAUCCCAUAAUAAGGAAUUUUAUAAAGGGAAGCCCUGAUCAGUUUCUAAGGAUCAUUUACAGAUGCGUGAUGACAAAGUGCCAAUGGAGGAUGAGACCAAGUGUGAAAGAUUAGGAAACUAUAAUGAAUUGAAAAUGAAUGAAUAUUGUAUUUGAAUAGAACAUGAUGAUAUAUUUUUUUCUAAUUUAAAAGACAUUUUAAAUUCUGUCUUCAAUCAGUUGAUUCAAGAAUACAUAUUUGUAUUUGAUUUUCCCUGGAAAUGUAUUAAAUAUGCAUGAAGGAGAAUAGUAUUUUAUUAUGUGAAAUAUUGUAAAUGUUUUUAUAUGUUGUCUGGGUUAAUACCUAUUUUGAAAUGUCUCACAAGACAAGUUGUGUUAAUUUCAACCUGACUUAAAUAAACAUUUAACUUUG